AUGGAACUGGGCCCGGGGCCCUGCGCGCUGCCCCCCGCCGCUGGGACCGGGUCUGCUACCGCGGCGGGGGGACCCUGCGCCGAGAUGCUGCAGGUGGCGGAGGAGGCCUUCCGCGGCGGCAACUUCGAGCUGGCGGCCGAGAUCUACGGCUCGGAGCUGGCGGGGCUACCGCAGCCCGAGCGGGGCCUGUGCCUCCGCCGCGCCGAUGCGCUGGCGAGAGCCGGCCGCAUGGCCGAGGCGCUGGACGCCUACGGCGCGGCGGCGCGGCUGGGGCGGCUGCGACCCGAGGAGCUGCGGGAGCUGGCCGAGAGCUUCGCCCUUAGCAUCCGUGACAAGGAGCUGCGUCUCCCACCCUGGGGGAGCGGCGGAACCGGCGGCGGCGGGGCGGAGGGGGAGGGUCUGGGCGACCCGGCUUGCUGCCGGCCGCCCGAGCUCUUCGCCUGCCCGCUGUGCCGGCGGCUGUUGUGCGAGCCGGUGACCCUGCACUGCGGGCACACCCACUGCCGCCGCUGCGCCGAACCCGGCGACUGCGGCCGCUGCCACCGACUGCGCCGCUCUGCCGAGACGACUCCCACUGCCGCCUCGUCGCCAUCGCCCGCCGCCCGCCCGCGGGUCAACGUGGUGCUGGGCAACCUGCUGCACAAGUGGUUCGGCACCGAGAGCCGGGCGCGGCGGCUCCGCGCCGAGGGCGACGCGCUGCGGGAGCGCCAGGAGCUGCCGGCCGCCCUGGAGAAGUACAACCAGGCCCUGGAGAUGGCUCCUUGCAAGUGUUCACUAAUAGCACAGCGAGCAGAGCUCUGUACGUUGAUGAAGAACUACCAGCAAGCUCUUCACGAUGCAGAUGUCCUCUGCCGAAAUAAACCCAACUGGCCUGCGGGCCAUUAUGUGAAAGCAAAAGCUCUUUCUGGAUUGGAAAGGACUGAGGAAGCAUUGAAGGAGUUUCUCUAUUGUGUUGCCUUAAAUCCUGAAUGGAGCUCAAUGAAGAAAGAAGCCCAAAAGAUUAUGUGUGAGAUGUUUUUCCCAGCCUUUGAAAAUGUGCAUGAUAGUCUAACAGCACCUUUCUCCAGUCGAACAUCGCAUACAAGAUUGAAGCCUGCAUUUCUGAGUAGCAUAAACACACAGUCAGCUGCAGAAGAUAUCUCUGUUGCUGGGUCCUCAAAGGAUACUGUGUUCAGGUUAACAAAAACCCCAUCCCAAGAAUCUGAUGUGUUUAGAAGCACUGAUUCUCCUGUUUCCCAUCAUGUUCUGGAUCUCUAUUUUGAAGACAACAAGAAGUCUUUGGGAGCUAUUCUCUCCAGUUUACCUGGGGUUGGCUUAAAAAGAAAACUGUCCAGUGAUAUGAGGGAUUUACAAAGUAUGGAUGUCCCAAAUAAGAUUCCUAAAAAAGAUGCAGAUGUUUUAUCUGAAAACACCACUGUCACAUCAAGUGAAAUACCAACAACCCUGGUGGAUGCAUCGGACUUUGAGUGUUCCCUGUGCAUGAGGUUGUUCUACGAGCCUGUUACCACUCCCUGUGGACACACCUUUUGCCUCAAAUGCCUUGAGCGUUGCCUUGACCAUAAUCCGCAUUGCCCACUCUGCAAAGAAAAGCUGUCAGAAUUUCUGGCAAGCAGAACUUACAAGAAGACCGUCCUCACGGAAGAAUUGAUAGUCCGUUACUUGCCAGAGGAAUUAUCUGAAAGGAAGAAAGUUUAUGAGGAAGAAAUUAAGGAAUUGUCAAAUUUGAAUAAAGAUGUUCCCAUCUUCGUAUGUACCAUGGCCUUCCCUACCAUCCCUUGCCCACUCCAUGUCUUUGAACCUCGUUACCGUCUAAUGAUAAGAAGAUGCAUGGAAACUGGUACCAAGCAAUUUGGCAUGUGCUUAGCUGAUGAAUUGAAAGGAUUUGCAGAUCAUGGCUGUAUAUUAGAGAUCAGGGACGUAAAGUUUUUUCCUGAUGGGCGCUCAGUUGUUGAUACAGUUGGUGUCCGUCGUUUUAGGGUCUUAAGCCAUGGCCAGCGAGAUGGAUAUAACACAGCAAACAUCGAGUAUCUUGAAGAUAAAAAGGUUGAAGGACCGGAAUAUGAAGAACUUGUCCGCCUUCAUGAUUCAGUUUACGAUCAAGCCGUUGCCUGGUUUACUUCUCUUAAAGACAAUAUGAAAGUGCAAAUUCUCAAUCAUUUUGGGUCCAUGCCAGGAAAAGAACCAGAGCCACAGAGCAACCCCAGUGGUCCUGCCUGGUACUGGUGGCUCUUGGCAGUGUUGCCUCUGGAAAAUAGAGCUCAGCUGGCUAUAUUGGCUAUGACCUCCCUUAAAGAUCGUCUUAUUGCCAUCAGACGUGUACUGAUAUUUGUGACUCGCAAAAGACCCAGAUAA